AUGCGGAGCCUGCGCGGAGCCCCGCCGGCGCUGCCGCCGCUCCUGCUGCUCCCGCUGCUGCUGCUGCUGCUGCUCCUGGCCGCGGGGCACGGCGCCGUCAUCACCGGGGCCUGUGACCGGGACCAGCAGUGCGGAGGAGGGAUGUGCUGUGCUGUCAGCCUCUGGAUCCGCAGCCUGAGGAUGUGCACCCCCAUGGGAAAUCUGGGAGACGAGUGCCAUCCCCUGAGCCACAGAGUGCCCUUCUCUGGGCGGAGGAUGCACCACACCUGCCCGUGCCUCCCAGGCCUGGCCUGCCUCAGGACUCCUCACAGCAAGUUCAGGUGUUUGCCAGACUUCAGAAAAGAAGAUGUCUUUUUUUAGCAGGAACUGUUCUGCACUAGAAAGAGCCAUUCAGUAUUUUCUUUCUCUCGUUAUUGUGACAAGAAAAGCCCCCAUACUUCCAGGGGAAGCCCUUCACACACUUUCCUGCCUCACCAACAUCAGCUGGGGAUGGGACACUGCUGUUGUGGCCAAGGGACUCACAGUGGAGGAUGCUUUCAUUUUGGGGUACCAAACAACAUCUACUAGAGCAAAACUCUUUCUGAGGGCAGGGGUUUGACCACUCCUGGAUAAUUUUGUGGGCUUCAUGGUUCCAGUCUAACCCCAGAAUGAAAAAAUCCAAGUUUAUUGCCAGUUUUGGAAAAAUUUGGCCACAUCUCUACACUUUGGAACGCCUGAAUUGAACUGAGAGUUGGAUUACUGCAUAGUGUGAAGCAUAUGACAAUUGCCAGAAGAACUGUAUUUAAGUUGCAUUUCGUAUCUUUAUUAAUAUAAUUUUAUUUGUAAGUUAGGCACACCUCUAGGGUAAAGGUUUAGCCAAUAGAUGUAGUUUUUACACUUUUAAAAAGUGGCAGGUGGAACCAAAGCAUUUCAGUAUUCAGAGCAUUAAAAGAUUUUGUCAUUUUAGUAUUCUAAGAUGAGAAGUUGUUGUUACUUGAAUUGGUGUAAAACUACCUGAUCAUCUCAAACUAUGUAUUAAGAUGUAGUUUAUAUUAAAGAAAAAAGGAACCCUAAA